AUGAAAGAUAUGACAAUAAAGCAGAUCUUUAGAAAAGAUGCUUUAGGUCAAGUUGCCAAAAAAACAGCCGAUAACCUACGAGGAAGAGCCAAGAAGACGUUCGUAACUGUUAAAAUGUUAAAAGGAAUACUGAAAUUAUGUUGUAUUUAAUGGUCUUUGGUAAGACUCAGAAGUCUAUCCAGACUUUUCUGUUUUCUUUUAAACAAUUUUGUUUUUCUUUUUUUUUUUAGUUACCUCCAUAGUCACAAUUACCUCCAUAGCUUGAAGCAGUCAACAGUGAAUCUUUGAUUUGGUUCUAGCGAUGGAAUUUUAAGUUGUAAUAUGAAUAUUCCUCCUCAAAUGAUGGCUACAUUUUAGAGCCCCGACGCUUUACGUUGAGAAAAAGUACCACAGAUAUGAUGUAUGGCAUAAAUGAAUGAUAUUUAUCCAUUUAUCUAUCUAUCAAUCUAUCUAAAUGUAUAUAUAAAUUAUUGUGAUUCAUUUGAAAUGUUAUUUGACGAUGAUUGAUUGCAAAUCCUGUUGCAGAAAACGCUUCUGAAUCAUAGAAAAGGGAUUCUCUGUCUGAACUUGAAUUGAUGAAACAACUUAAACCUCAUCCUUACGUUAUCAUACUCCUGGGAUGCUGGGAUGAGUUCCGCACAGUGCUCGGAGUCUAAGUUAAACUAGGCUAACUUCUGGGAAAAUCAAUUGACCGACGCAGAAAGCUUAGCCUUAUUUUAUUCUUGCGCGCACUUGUCAGGUCUGGAUAGGGCUUAUCUGACAGCAGAGAAAUCGUCACAGUUAUAUACAGUCCGCUGAAUAGCAGCGUGUGUAUACUCAAUAGCUGAGAUCUAAGAUCGGCAAACUUUAAUGAUGGAUCACAAAUGAGCUGAAACAAUACUUUUCUGCAUAUUUUUUGCACGCAUAUUGCACAUAUGAGCCACUUAGAUAUAAACAGGCCAUUCAAGGCUCUCAGAUAUAAAUGUAGAGGGUCGGAGGCUUUCCGGUAGUAGUCCACAGAGGUGGAAGAUGACUUGCCAUAAUAAAAGGUUUGAUGGGCAGUAUGGACAUCUUACCUCCUCAUAAUUCAUUUUCCAGUUUUAGAAAGUCGUGGCCAACGUGCUUUAAAAAAAAUUACAAGGAUUUUGAAUAUUAACGAGUCGUACGGUAACUGAUAUCUUAUUUUCUUAUAAAAGUUAAAUAAGCGUCCUACUCCUCUAAAUGGCUGCGCCAUUUAUUGGAGAGUGACGUUUAUUGGUAGUUAAUCUUCCAAAUGCGUCGUUUAAUCGAGUAUUGGCAUUACCUAGUUUGUUUUCGUGGAGCCACUAUUGGCGUUGAUGGAAUAUGUUCCUUUUGGAGAUCUUCUGGGUUACCUGAGGAAUGAUUCUUAUUACAAAAACCCGGAUAUCAAACCACAAGCAAAUCUUACCUCUCAGCAGCUGAUAAAGUUUGCUUGGCAAUCGCUGAUGGAAUGUCCUAUUUGUCAUCGAUCCAGUGAGUGAUGUAAUUAUUCUUUGAUUGACGUCGUGAUAGAAUAAGCCCCUUUCUGUCUUUCAAUAUACCUCACUUUUCAUUCACGCAUGGACUACGCAUUGCCUAGAAUGUCAUCCCAUGUUAGCUGUCUUUUAAUUCGUUAGAGGGCGUUUUCCAAAAGAAACGUGCUGGCUUUGUUGA